AGAGUGUUUAAAACGAAUAUACAAUUUCUUUUGGAGGUAUAUUCCCGCUCAAGAACCCCAGUUAGGGUUAGGGUUUACACUCCAGUUCUUGCGACAGCGAUGGCCGAUAAGCUCUUCAAGGAUGACGCUGUGGAAGAGAAGGGCGAGCGCGCCAGAAUGGCGUCCUUCAUUGGCGCUUUGGCCAUUGUGGAUCUUCUCAAGACCACAUUGGGUCCGAAAGGAAUGGACAAGAUCUUGCAAUCUACUAGCCGGGGACACUCUGUGUCUGUGACAAACGAUGGUGCGACGAUCUUAAAGUCGCUGCACAUCGACAAUCCAGCUGCCAAAGUCCUUGUUGACAUUUCCAAAGUCCAAGACGACGAAGUUGGAGAUGGAACAACUUCGGUGGUGGUCUUGUGCGGGGAGCUUCUGCGUGAAGCAGAGAAGCUUGUGAACUUGAAGAUUCAUCCGAUGACAAUCAUCGAUGGCUACAGGAUGGCCGUUGAAUGUGCUCGUAGUGUUUUAGAGAAGAGGACCCGGGACAACAGAGCUGAUCCAGAAAAGUUUCGACAAGAUCUUAUCAAUAUUGCUAUGACAACUCUGAGUUCAAAAAUUCUUUCUCAGGAGAAAGAACAUUUUGCCAAUCUUGCUGUGAAUGCUGUGAUGCGAUUAAAGGGAAGCGGGAAUCUAGAAGCCAUUCAGAUCAUCAAGAAGGCAGGCGGUUCCUUACAAGACUCGUUUUUGGACGAAGGAUUUAUUCUUGACAAGAAGAUCGGUGUUGGCCAGCCAAAAUCGAUACAAAACGCCAAGAUUCUUGUUGCCAACACGGCAAUGGACACGGACAAAGUAAAGAUAUAUGGCGCACGCGUCCGAGUCGAUGCCAUGUCGAAGAUAGCGGAGAUCGAGGCCGCUGAAAAGGACAAGAUGAAGCAGAAAGUACAAAAGAUACUGGCUCAUGGAAUCAACUGCUUCGUUAACCGGCAGCUGAUUUAUAAUUUCCCGGAGGAGCUGUUUGCGGAUGCUGGCAUAAUGGCUAUCGAACACGCCGACUUUGAGGGAAUCGAGAGGUUGGCGCUGGUUACAGGCGGCGAGAUUACAUCGACAUUUGACAAUCCCGAGUCUGUUAAGCUGGGACACUGCGAUCUCAUUGAAGAAAUCAUGAUCGGAGAAGAUCGACUUAUUCGUUUCUCUGGCGUAGAAAUGGGAGAAGCGUGCACAAUAGUUCUCCGGGGUGCAAGCACUCAUGUCUUGGACGAAGCUGAAAGGUCCUUGCAUGAUGCACUAUGCGUGCUGUGUCAAACCGUUCAAGACAGCAGGGUCGUUUGGGGAGGCGGAUGGCCGGAGCUUUUGAUGGCAAGGCAUGUUGACGAGCUUGCCAGGAAGACCCCGGGGAAAAAAUCACUGGCUGUAGAAUCUUUUGCUGCUGCUCUCCGAGCAAUCCCGGCCAUCAUCGCGGACAACGCUGGACUAGAUAGUGCCGACUUGGUUUCACGCUUGAGAGCGGAACACUCCAAAGAGGAUUGCAUGUCCGGCAUUGACGUGCUAACUGGAGGGGUUGGUGACAUGGAGCAGCUUGGAAUUUACGAAGCUUUUAAGGUGAAACAGGCGGUGAUAUUAUCCGCAACCGAGGCUGCCGAGAUGAUCUUGCGUGUUGACGAGAUUAUAAAGUGCGCGCCUCGGAAACGCGAGGAAAGGAUGUAAUAGCUUUCUCUUUUUUGUCUUGGUUUCUUUAAUCCAUUUUUGUUGCUCAUUGA